UUUUUUUUUUUUUUUUUUUUUUUUUCCCAAAAGAUUGCCUGUAUAUACUAAAAGUUAGAUUCAGUGCUUUAGGUAAUGUACAUUAUACUCUCGGUGCAGGUACACUGAGGUAAUAUAUAUAUAUAUACACAAAACAAUAAAGUGAAUCAGAGCACUUUUCGGGUCUGACUCCGCGUCUCUGUGCCGUACGAAAAAAGAUCGAAUCAUUAGAUGUGAAAAACUUGGGUGUACGGUCGAGCCGCACGAAUUCGUAUGGAACAUGGCUUGCCCGCUGGGAAACGGGACAGAUAAUACGAGCCCGGGUGGCGGUGGCAGUGGUGGCACGACCUGCCUGAUGGAGGGUCCGGGGGUGCUCUACGGCGAGUACCUCAUGCUGAACAAAAUCCUGUCCGCCCAGAGACUCCUCAGCACGGAAAACAACAAGGAAGUCCACGACGAGCACCUCUUCAUCGUCACACACCAGGCUUACGAGCUGUGGUUCAAGCAAAUCAUCUUCGAGCUCGACUCCAUAAGGGCGCUCUUCAACAAUGACGAGAGACAUCGGCAAACUCAUCUUUCCUUCGAUUGCCAGCAGCACGACGAUGGAGCGAAGAGCAGCUCGAGCGGCGAUUCCGAGGCGAUCGACGAGUCGAGAACUCUGGAGAUCCUUAAGCGGCUGAAUCGCAUAGUGCUCAUCUUCAAAUUGUUGGUGGACCAGGUGUCGAUCCUGGAAACGAUGACGCCCCUGGACUUUAUGGCCUUCCGCGACUACCUGUGCCCGGCCUCGGGUUUUCAAUCGAUGCAGUUUCGCCUGCUGGAAAACAAGCUGGGCGUCAAGCAGGAGCACCGCGUCAAGUACGGCCAGAACUACACGCGCGUCUUUGGCCGCGACCCGCGCGCCGUCGAGGCGAUACGGCGCAGCGAGGAGGAGCCCAGCCUCAGCCACCUCGUGCAAAAGUGGCUGGCCCGCACCCCCGGACUGGAGGCCCACGACUUUGACUUCUGGGGCAAGUUUGAGCGCGCCGUCGAGCAGAUGCUCCAGGACCAGCGCGAUCAGGCGGAUGCCGAAACGAAGGAGGAGUCUCGCAAGCAUCUGUUGAACAACGUCGCGGCUCGGCAAGCCGUCUUCGACUCGAUUUUCAAUGAGAGCCUGCACAAUGCCCUGGUUUCGCGGGGCGAGCGCCGCUUCUCGCACGCAGCCCUCCAAGGGGCGGUCAUGAUAACCCUGUACCGCGACGAGCCCCGCUUCAGCCAGCCCCACCAGAUUCUCACGGCUCUCAUGGACAUUGACUCGCUCAUCACCAAAUGGAGAUAUAAUCAUGUACUGAUGGUCCAAAGGAUGAUCGGCUCGCAGCAGCUGGGCACCGGCGGCUCGUCUGGAUAUCAUUACUUGAAAACGACUUUGAGCGAUCGUUACAAGGUCUUCGUCGACCUGUUCAACCUCUCGACGUUCCUAAUACCCCGGCACUUAAUACCCCCACUGAGCAAGCGCAUGAAAACGAGAUUAUCGAUGGCUUGGGGCUUGGGCCUCGAGGAGGUGGCUCUUUCGUUGGAAAACUCGUCGCUCAACGACUCGACGGGCUCGUCGUCGGACAAUUCAACGGGUUUUGAAAACAAAACCGGAAAAAACGGCUAUCAAAGCGACAGUAAUAAUUAUUACGAAAAUACUGGCAGCGACGAUUAAUGUGUUCAUUGUUUAUGUGCAUAUCACUUUUACAUAUGGGUUGAGGGUCGAGGGGAUGAAAGUUAGUGUGAUUCGUGAACAAUAAUUUAUUUUUUAUUAGUAAAUUUUUAUUGUCUAAUGGUUAUUUUUUACGA